AACUCCAACUCCAACUCCAACUCCAUUGAUGAUGAUGAUGAUGAUGAGCUAAAAUAGAGCCUCAUUUUGUUAUCAAUUCUUUUUCAUCAGCUCCCGAUUAUCCCCAUAAAUCGCUCUGAUUAUGGUGAAGAAACGGGUCCCCGAUUGGCUUAACAGCUCCCUCUGGUCUUCACCUCCUAAGAACGACGCCGUCCGGCCCCCAAUUGUUGAACCACCGCCACCGGUGCCCCCUCCGGAGCCUCCCACCACUUCUUCUGUUUAUGCCGUCGCAAAAAGGGAAAUUAGGGAUCCGUUGAGUAGUAACUAUGUUAGCAAUAAUAGUGUUUGUUACAGUGACGACGAAAAUGGGAGCUCCUCCGCCAAAUCUACGGCGUCUUCUGGUGCUGCUGCGGCUGCGGCACCUCUGGCUGCUGAAAUUAUCGCUAGACAGGCCCAGCUUUUACAAGAGCUGUCGAGGAAGGUUAUAAACAUGGGAGAAUUGAGGAGGCUAGCAUCACAAGGCAUUCCUGAUGGAGCUAGCAUUCGCUCGACUGUGUGGAAGCUGUUGUUGGGGUAUCUGCCAUCCGACCGGUCACUGUGGCCUUCAGAAUUGGCCAAGAAAAGGUCCCAAUAUAAGCAUUUCAAGGAGGAGUUGUUGAUGAACCCUUCAGAGAUUACGAGGAGGCUGGAAAAGUCGAGUCUUGAGAAUUAUGAACUUGAUAGUAGCCAGGGCUUCCUUUCAAGAUCAGAGAUAACUCAUGAUGAGCAUCCCUUAAGUCUUGGGCAGAGUAGCAUAUGGAAUCAGUUUUUUCAGGAGAGUGAAGUCAUAGAACAGAUUGACCGAGAUGUCAAGCGCACCCAUCCAGAUAUUCCCUUUUUCUCAGGGGACUCAACUUUUGCUAGAUCCAACCAAGAGGCUUUAAGGAAUAUUUUGAUUAUAUUUGCAAAAUUGAAUCCUGGAAUAAGAUAUGUACAAGGCAUGAAUGAAAUCUUGGCUCCUUUGUUCUAUGUGUUCAAAAAUGAUUCAAAUGAGGAAAAUGCGGUUUCUGCUGAAGCAGACACUUUCUUCUGUUUUGUGGAGUUAUUAAGUGGAUUUCGAGAUAAUUUUGUUCAACAACUUGAUAAUAGUGUUGUGGGGAUCCGUUCCACCAUCACAAGAUUAUCAAGGCUUUUAAAGGAACAUGAUGAAGAGCUCUGGCGUCACCUUGAGAUAACAACAAAAGUAAAUCCCCAGUUUUACGCAUUCAGGUGGAUAACCCUUCUUUUGACCCAAGAAUUCAAAUUUGCUGACAUUCUCUUAAUAUGGGACACUCUUCUGAGUGACCCUGAUGGUCCUCAAGAAAUACUGCUCCGAAUUUGUUGUGCCAUGCUGAUCAUUGUCAGAAAGCGCUUACUUGCGGGUGACUUCACUUCAAAUCUUAAGUUACUCCAAAACUAUCCGUCAACAAACAUUAGCCACAUCCUCUAUGUUGCCAACAAGCUGCGUGGUCACGUGGCAGGUUGAAUAUUUGCAUGUUCAGUUGCUGACUUGAGCUGUUAAACAACUUAAGUUUGUUGAUUUCCAUUUUGUUGUUUUAGUUUGAAAAUUUGUCUCCUAUAAAAUGAUAGGAGUGAGAUUUAGUUUAAUGUGAUCAUUUGGGGGGCAUUUUUCCUUUUUCUCUUUCUUUUUACAUUUAUACCUUCUUCCUGUGUAGCGUCACAACAACAAUAGAAAAGGUAUAAAAUGUCUGAAUGAAUAGUGUGAUUUCUUGUUAGGAUUAUUAAAGAAACUCCGUUUGGUCAUGUUACAUUUUUCAAGAGUUACGUGCUGAUUUGUGGUUAUGUUUACUGUU